AUGGCAGAUUCUUCCUUAUUUGUGUUUGACUUUCAUCAGACCAUCAUUUAUCUACUUGUGUAUGUUGAUGAUAUUAUCAUCACAUGCAAUUCUUCUUCACAAGUCUCUCAUCUUGUCACUGCUCUUAGUAAGGCUUUUGAGCUUAAAGAUCUGGGUGCCCUCUCUUAUUUCUUAGGCAUUCAAAUUGUGCCUUCCAAAUUUGGUCUUACUUUGUGCCAGUCCAAGUAUGCCUCUAAUGUGCUUCAUAGAUUCAAGAUGGAGAAUUCUAAGCCUACGAAGACCCCCUGUUGUCCAAAUGUGCGUCUUACUCCUUUUGAUGGCUCUGUUUUGCCUAAUCCCAUUGAGUAUAGAAGCAUGGUGGGUGCUCUCCAGUACUUGACCUUCACAUGUCCUGAUUUGGCCAUUAGUGUUCAUCAACUUUUCCAGUUUAUACAUCAUCCCACUACUUCUCAUUUGGAGGUAGCCAAACGUGUUCUUCAUUAUGUGAGGGGUACUUUACACUUUGGGAUUCAUCUUACUCUUGGUCCACUUACCUUCUCUGCCUUCUUUGACGCAGAUUGGGCUGGAGACCCUACUGACAGAAAAAUCUACUACUGGAAUAAACAAUCCACUGUUUCUCGUUCUUCCAUAGAGGCAGAGUAUGGUGCCCUGGCUUCCAUAGCAGCAGAGUUAGCUUGGCUACGCACUCUGUUUACGGAACUUAAGCUUUUUCUUCCUCAAAUUCCCAUUCUAUGGUGUGAUAACAACUUUGCUAUUGCUUUGGCCUCUAAUCCAGUCUUUCAUUCUAGAACCAAGCACAUCGAGGUUGAUUAUCACUAUGUGAGGAGUUGUGUUCUUUGUAGCACUUUGGGGAUCAAAUUCAUUUCUGGCUGUGACAAUUUUGCUGACAUUUUCACAAAACCUUUGCCUAGCCCUCAUUUUCUGGUUCUACAUAACAAACUCUUGGCUAACACUGCCUCGAGUUUGAGGGGGGAUGUUAAGAGUAAACCCAGGGACAAACAGAGUUUUGAUCAAAUGGUUCAAAUGCCCAAUGACUAG